AUGAUGAUCCCCACACUGAUGCCAAAACUGUAUGGAGACACAGCAGCGGAGUCACACCUGGGUGUGACUCCGCUGCUCCAGACGCCAAACGCUGCUCCCGCUCCUGGUAUUGACACAAACAAAUCUAUAUUUACUCCUCUGUCAAGUUUGACUUAUUCUAAUAUUAGAAACUUUGUUCUGCCCUCAAACAAAGAUACUCUCACUGACACUCACCCAACCUCUUUGUCAAAAAACAUUUUCAGAACUCUUUUGAAUGUGACAAAGUUUACUCUCUCCAGCACGUCUGCAUUCCCAGAACAUUCAUUUUCAAACUCUUCGACCAAAAAGCUGUCCUACGUUUCAACAUCACUUCCUGUUAACAAAGUCUUCUCCUUCAUCUCUGAAACAUCUCCUUCAUCUACUCAUCCUCUCAAAACCUCAACGUCAACUACGAAAAAAACCAGGUCUCGUCAGGUCAGACCACCGCAACCUCUCCCUCAAACGACACCCCCGCUGUUUGACCACCAGCCGUUUAUAGUUAGCUGGAAUAUUCCUGAUCUGGUGUGCAAGAAAUACAACGUCUCCCUGGACACGUCACCGUUCAAGGGCGUGGCCACACCUGCAAAGGUUCCGGGUCAGUUCCUGUCACUGUUCUACACUGACAGACUGGGUCUUUACCCACACGUGGACAUCAUCGGUCGAAAACAGUUCUACGGCGGCAUCCCUCAAAGAGGGAACCUCAAAGCCAGUAUGGACAAGGCCAAGGCGGACAUCAAGUACUACAUCCCAUCCAAGACCAGUAGAGGCCUGGCUGUCAUCGACUGGGAGGAAUGGCGCCCUCUGUGGGACAGAAACUGGGGCUCUAAGAAAAUCUAUCAGACUUUAUCUGUGAAACAUAUCCUGCAGACAAACCGCUCUAUCACGGUGCAGCAGGCCACGACGGAAGCCAAGAAACAGUUCCAGCUGGCAGCCAGGAGUUGGAUGUCAGGGAUGUUGACGAUGGGCAGGACCAUGAGACCCAACUAUCUCUGGGGCUUCUACUUGUUCCCUAACUGCUACAAUUAUGGCUGGUUGGAGCCGCACUACAGCGGCCGCUGCUCCAAAGGAGUGAGGAGGCAGAAUGAUCAGCUGCAGUGGCUGUGGGAGUCCAGCAGCGCCCUCUACCCCUCGGUAUAUUUGCAGGUCUCUCUGGCCGACAACCCACGCGCAGCUCUGAUGGUGAGAAAUCGUGUCCGUGAAGCUUUAAGAGUCUCCACCCUGCCGAAGCGCAGCGCCACUGUACCUGUGUUUGUUUACACGCGACCUGUCUUCGUUGACCACAACAGGCGCUUCCUCAGCCAGGGAGAUUUGAUCAACACCAUCGGGGAGAGCGCAGCAGUGGGAGCGUCUGGUGCCGUACUGUGGGGGGCCAGUUCUGACUACGUCGACCAGGUAACAUCACACCACGAGGUUCCAGUGCUCUGCUGA